GUGUCAGUGGUGAAAACUAAGGAACUAGACUCAUUUAUGUUAUUAAUCUUUUUUAUGUAAAAACUCAAGUUUAGAGAAAAGGGCAGUAAUAACGCGAAAAUUCGUGCUGGCGGAGGAAGCGACCGCAUUGCAAGUAGUGCGGCGACCCGAGAGUGUUGUUUGGCGUUUGCUGAUCUCGCCGUGUUUCCACCGAGUUUCCCGACUUUCUGUCGAAUAAUGUAAGGCAUGGGUGUGACCUAACCAUGGCCACAGCGACCGAACAAGCCCAGGAGCACUUGGCCGAAAAGCCCGAGCCGUUGCCGAACGGCAGCACCAACGGCAACGACAAGCCGCAGUCGCCGCCCGACUUUGUCGGUCGCUUCGACGCGCCCCCGGCCUCCGCUGACUACCGGACUCCCUACAAACCGGCCUAUGGGCCGCCGCGUAUGAUGUCGGGACAAAGCCUUUCGCAGCCCUCAGGACCGACGCCGACGCUAAACCAGCUGCUGCAGAACAAUUCACCGAGGCACAACUACGACUACCCGCAGUGGCAGCCCCGGCCCCUUGGGUACCCUCAGUCCCCCUAUCGACCGCCGCACCCGCAGCAGCAGCAGCCUCAACAGAGACCGUACCUGGCAGGACCAGGCGCACCUCAGCAAGGGCCGCAGUACCCGCCCUAUCCUCAGCGUUAUCCAACACCUCCAGGGCCAGGUAGACCGCAGCAACAGCAGCAGCCCUACCAGCCACCCCCGCACCAGCAGAUGCCAGGGGCCCCUUAUGGCCCCCCUAUGUAUGGUGAUAACAGGGCCCCGGCAUGGGGUCCUCAACAACAGGCGCCCUCUCAGCAUCCGCCGCCCCAACAGUCACCAGUGCCGCCCCAAGGGCCAGGCACCCCAACCCCUCAGCAGCAGCAGUUCCCGUCUAGACCUGGACAGCCAGCAACUCCAAACGCACACCCUCCGCCUGAUGCUGGGGACCAAAAUAGCAAUGACAGUUCCAGCGGCCAGGGCGCUGCGCCCGGCACGCCAAACUCGCAGCAAGGGUUGAGUAGCAGGCCAACCCCAUCGCCGACGGGUUCUACAGGUUCUCGCUCAAUGUCUCCUGCCGUGCAGGGUCAACAGCAAAACAUUCCAAUUCCUCCUCGGCCGUCCAGUGGUCAGUCGGAGGCACCAUCAGCCCGCAUGAGUCAUUCUCCCAUUCAGGCUGGCUACCAGCCUCCUUACCCCAAGCAGGCCCCUUACCCACAACCACAACCCCAACAACAGCUACCGCCACAGCAGCAGCAGCAGCAACAACAACAGCAGCAGCAGCAGGCGCCACCUCAACAGCCUCCUUAUGCGGCACGACCGUACUACCCUCCUGGGCCUCAGUACAGGGCUAACCACCAAAAUCAACCCCAACAGCAACCUCCCCCAGGUCAAUAUUACCAAGGCUGGAAUAAGGGCGGACAGCAGCAACCACCGCGGCCGCACACUCCCCCAACCUACCUUAAGCAGCACCUGCAAAAUAAAAUGGGCUUUGGCUAUGGGGGCAUGGGACCCCCUCAGCAGCAACAGCCCAUGGGCCCUCCGCCGAUGGUAGUGUCUGCGCCCACUGUAGCACCCCCAGCUGACGAGAGCAAUGGGGCCACCUCUGUGAUCACCACGGGGCCUGAUGGAACCCCACUAGACGAUGCCUCCCAGCAGUCCACUCUUUCCAAUGCAUCUGCUGCAUCAAACGAAGAGCCUGGCACUCCAAAGAGGUCCAAGCAGGAGCUAGCACCACCCCAGCAGCAGUUCCAGUCACCAGGAGGAGUCAACAGCAUGCAUGACGAGUCAUUCGGAGACUCCUCCGGCAGCUGGCCUCGCACUCCGGCCAGUCCUGUGUACAACAGCCACAUUCCUAGCCAGCAGCAGCCGCCGCCACAGGAGCCGUACCGAGCCAAGCCCACCAACAACAACAACAUUCCUUCUGGUCCCGGGAACAGCAAUGAACCAUCUGGCGCGCCAGACAAGAGACUCACUCAGAGGCGUCGUUUGCAGAAACCUGACAGCAUGAGCAAGCUGUACGAGAUGGAUGAAAAUCCGGAGAGAAGACCCUGGUUGGACAAGCUACUCCAAUUCAUGGAAGAGAGAAAUACGCCCAUCAACGCAUGCCCCACAAUCUCCAAGAACACGUUAGACUUAUUCCGGCUGUACUACAUGGUCAAGGAGCGCAAUGGUUUCAUGGAGGUGACAAAAGCAAAAACAUGGAAAGAUAUUGCGAUUCUGCUCAACGUAGGGUCUUCUUCUUCUGCUGCAUACACCUUGAGGAAACACUACACAAAGCAUUUGCUACCAUUCGAGUGCCACUUCGAUAGAGGCGGCAUUGACCCACAGCCAAUCAUCAGUCAGGUGGAGGCGAGUACCAAGAAGAAGCCCAAGACUUCGUCUGUACCUUCACCAGGUUCAAGCAACUCGCAGGACUCUUUCCCUCCUCCAGGAUCAGGGUCCGCCUCAAUGGAUGGCUAUGGUGGUGCAUACCCUGCUUACCCUCCCUCAGCAACGUCAAAUCCUGCAGAUUUCCCUUCCCAGCAGCAGCAGACUCCUCGCCCAUCAAGCACAGGCGACAACGUGAGCGUGUCCAACCCAUUCGACGACCCUCCUCCCAGACACCCUCAUUCCUCCUCUAGUUACGGACCACCGCCACCACCUCCCAGAGGCUACCCACAGCAGCAGAGCCCUUACUAUGACCAGCAACAAUUCCAACGGCCACCCGACUUCAAUCAGCCCCAGUUCCCAGCCGCCCAGUACCAGCCUCGUCCCAUGUAUCCUCCUUACGAGGCGGACAGGGCAGCUUACCAGCAGGACCCUUAUAACCGAUGGCCUGCUCCAUCAAACUACCCUCCUCGUCCAUAUCCAGCUAGCCCCCAACAGCAGCCGCAGCCACCUUCUCAACCAGCCCCGCCUGCAGCACCCUCAACCUCUGCCCCUUCUCAGCCACCCACUCAGCAGCCUUCUCAACCUCAGGGCUACCAACAAGAGCCCUUCUAUCGGCCCGACCAGCAGUUUCAGCAACAGUUCCCUCCAGGCUCCCCUGGAGCUCCCAACAAAGCUAACAUGCCACCUCCCCAGCAGCCACGGCGCCACCCUGACUUCAACAAAGAUCAGCAACCACAGCAACCUUAUUUCGGUCACCAGCGACCCUACGGCUGGAGCGGAAACAACAAUCAAUUUCGGCCACCUGGCUCAUUUAGUAGUCAACAGCCCCCAAACCAAUGGAAUCAGCAGCCACGAGGGCCUCAGUGGGACAGGUAUCCGCCAACGUCGCAGGGAUUUCAGCAACCUCCACAGGGUCAGCAAUGGAUGCAGGGAUCUAAUAUGCAAAUGCGCCCCCAAAGGCCGUUCCGGCCAGACCAGAAACCCUACCCCAUCAUGGGCAAGACGAUGCCCCCAUUUCCGCCUCAACACAAGCGGGAACACACCUUUCCCCCGGAUUCAAUUGAAGCAGCUCUUCCAGUGCUUUACAAAAGGCGUCGAAUGGGAAAAGUUGACGUUGCUCCUGUGGACGCUUGGCGGUUGAUGAUGAGUUUGAGAUCGGGACUCUUGGCUGAGAGCUGUUGGGCUCUCGAUGUGUUGAAUGUGCUACUGUUUGAUGAUCAGUCAGUGGCUUACUUUGGACUGGCGCAUUUGCCUGGUUUGUUGGAUGUGCUUCUGGAGCAUUUGCGGAAAAGUCUGGCUGACAUGUUUGACGAAAGUGAUGACGACGCCAAUCAUAAUAAAAAAUGGUAUGAGGCAGCAACACAUGAAACUAAGGAUGUUGAUCUGGGAUGUGCACGCCCUGUUGAUCUUAAUGAACGAGUCCGGGUGCUCAACGGACGUGAUGACUUUUCGUUAGUCACUCGCAAAGGCGAGAAAGUUAGCGUGAUUCCGCGUGACUCGGAUCCUUUUAUUGACGACUCGAGACGCGCGUGGGAUGACGAGGAGGCCACCGAAGAAGCCCUUCUUCGAGCACCCCCUGGCACAGGGACUGUGGCUGGUGAUGGUGGGGAUGGGAUGCGUUACAUCAUGGGCUGCUUCCGUGCCGAGUUUGGCAAUGUACCCUUUGUUCGCCUCAUGCCUGGUGAGCCCAAAGAACCUCAACCGGAAGAAGAGACUCUUCCGACGACAAUAGAAGUCAAAAAGGAGGAGGAAGAAGAGGAGGAGACUGAGCCAAUUUCAUCACCACCGCCAGAAACUUCUUUGCAACUCGAGGUCCGAGACCCAGCCGGUUCACUAAAGCGGAAGCGUGUAGAAGAUUACGAGGAUGAAGCGUACACUCGUGAUGAAGCUUCAUUGUGCCUGGUCAGCGAGAGUCAGGAGGCGAUCAGUCGGCGUUGUCUUUGUGUGCUGAAUGUGCUGCGCUCGCUCAGUUUCAUUCCUGGCAAUGAAUUGGAGCUGGCUCGCAGCACCGCCUUCCUUCAGCUAUUGGGCAAACUGGUGGCGUUGCACCAUGAACACCCGCCUCGACCGCCUAGGGUGCGUGCCAAUUACGAUCGGGACGAUUCAGACGCUGAGGGUAGUGCUGAGGCGUCCUGUUCUUCACUGGCUGGUGACUCUGAGUGGUGGUGGGACCAGCUGCACGUGAUACGCGAGUCUGUGCUGGUCAUGCUUGCCAACAUAGCCGGACAGCUAGACCUGGGCCAGCAUGCCGAAGAAGUGUCCAGACCGAUCCUCGACGGGUUGCUCCACUGGGCAGUAUGUCCUGCUGCGUACGGCCAAGACGCCUUUCCGGUGUCUCAGCUGUCACCCCAGCGACUGGCCCUUGAAGCCUUGUGCAAGUUGUGCGUUACGGAUUCCAAUGUCGAUCUGCUGCUUGCCACGCCACCACACUCAAGACUGGAGAGGCUGUGUGCUACACUCGCCAAAAUGCUCUGCAGAUCUGAAGAGCAGUCCAUGCGUGAGUUUGCGGUCAACCUUCUUCACUCUCUGGCGGCCGCGGCCUCUUCGGCGGCCCGCAUCGUCGCGACACAAGCACCCACUGUCUCCCUCUUACUAGGCUUCAUUGAACAAGCAGAGCAGGCAGCACUGAGCGUGGCCAACCAGCACGGCAUCCAAGCCCUGCGCGACAACCCUGAGGCCAUGGGCACCAGCCUGGACAUGCUGAGGCGCGCAGCGGCAACAUUACUCCACCUUUCUCGGCACCGCGCCAACCGACCCCUCUUUGUGCAACAAGAGCAGCGGCUUCUGGCGCUGGUCAUGUCGCAAAUCCUCGACCAGCACGUGGCCGCUAUAUUGGCCAGGGUGUUAUACCAGUGCUCGCGACCGGCAGAGUGCUCGUAGUGACUCAUAUUGGUGUCAUCCCCAGUGUACGUAAACAGACGAACAAAUGCACCGGGCGGAUGAGGAAGACGCGAAAUGAAAUUAUGAUACGAUUAAUUAAUUACACACACACUCUCAACACACAGACUUGCGAAACAAACCGAGUGCUUAUUAUUGAUGCAAACAAACCCUGAGAGAUGUUGUUUGGCGUCGGUUGUUUUCUGCUUUUGUGUUGUUGUACCUCUUUUUGUUCGGAGCUGCUGCUGCGCUUAAUGGAGGCAAGAUGGAUGAACGGAGCGAGCAAGAGGGUGGAUGUGAUGGAUGAGAUUAUAGAACGAGUUCGAGUUUGAUUGUUUUUCGCGGAUGAGUAAGUUAUUUAGGAUUCUCAUUUCAAGUCUGCGAUCUUGGCGUGGCUUGUGAAGGCAUUUUCCCAAUAAAUGAAGCGAAUUUGUUAAA